GGUACCCUAUGGUUUUCCUUUGCGGGAUCUAUUUUGCCAGCUUCUAAACCUUCUCAUGCUUUAUGUUUUUUUAUGGUGACCGAAGGCCUGCAACUUGUCCGGACGCUCCCUCCCCACUCGCAAGGGAGGGAGACUUUGCUGACCUUGGGUAAGAGGAGCAGCUUUCCAGGAGAAGAAAGAUGUGGUGUCACCUGCUCAACUCACCGUGGCGGGACAUGUUAGCUGAGCAGAUAUUUGCUUUAACUUGAAAAGCUCUUCCUCUGGCGGAAUUGACAGCUCGGCGAUAACGUGUUUAAUAGAUCAUUUUACACCUCAGUCGUAGGAUUUGAUGGACCGCCUUUGGGGAUCUUUGCUUGGAACCUAGCUUGGUUCAGUGACUCCUUCAAAAAGGCUUCAUCUGUUGGAUAUUACAUGCUUCCCUUGGAUCUAAUACUUUGCUAACACACGCUUGGAUACUGUGGAGAUUCUCCUUGGGGUUUUUUUUUUUUUGCACACAAGUGGAGGUUCGAGAGGAGCCAGCAUUUGGCUUUUGAAGAGUCUGAUUCUGUGUAAGAGGAGGGUUUUUCUGGAUGUUGUCCAUGAAGGACAUGGAUGGCCCUCGAUCCAGCGGCCUCCGCAAGAAGAGGAAGUCAAGGUCGGCGAGGGACCGGGAGAGGAGAUCAAAUGGGGUAAGAAACAACCACGUUAAGGGCUCUGUGUUUCGCCUCUCCUCUGACUCGGAGCGGGAGGGCGACAGGGAGCCCUCCUCAUCCCGUCCUAGACCCCCGCGGAGGAAGCGAAAGGAGUCUACUUCUGCUGAAGAGGAUAUCAUCGAUGGAUUCUCCAUCACUGGGUUCGUGACCCUGGAGGCUCUGGAGAAGAACAUGACACUGAAGCCCCAGCAGUGCCGAGACAACCAGGCGGGGCCCCUGCUCAAGAAAAGGCCCUCCAGAGUCCCCAACGGCCUGAGCCUGGAGCCCUGCAAGAACAAUCACCAUCACCAGCAGCCUUCAGACCAGGAGAACAACCCGCGCCUGGCACACAAACACGGCAAGAGGAAGAAGAAACACCUCAGCAAGAAACACAAGAGGCUGAAGCCGGGGCAGAACAACUGCAAGGACAGCGACAGCGAGAGCGUAAGUGGAGAGUCCAAGCCGUCCAUCAGGAGCAGCUCCAGAGACAGGCUGACAGAUGGUGACACAGAGAGCGACCAAGACGACAAGGUUUCCGAUGCCAGCUCAGAGAAAUUCUUCAGCACAGCUGCAGUUAAAGUUCCAGAUUUUGGCAUCCAUGUGCUCUCCACCAAUGGCAGCCAGGAGCCUCACGGCCCGGGCCUCCACAAGGUGUCAGGCCUAGAGCGGAGUCAGGAGAGGAGCCAGGAGAGCUGCAGGGACCCUCAACCCCCUGCAUCCAGCAGCCCCAGUCAAUCUUUGCCCCCAAAGCCCCUUCCCCUGCCCCAGCUGCCUCCUCAGCCUUCUGUCCCCCAGGCCCUGUCCCCUCUUCGGACCCAGACGAACGGCCCUUCCCAGGCCCCGGCCUCCACUCACCUGUCUCCACGCUCAGAGGCUCUCCCCAGGCCUCAGACGCCCGCAGCCCUGCCUCUCGCCCAGGGCCAAGAGCCCUCGCCGCCCCCCCCUCCCCGGCCCCAGCACCAGCCUGAUCUGCUGUCCCACCCCCGGCCUCCUCCAACACCGAGCCUCCACCCACACCCGCCAUCACCUGCUCUUCCCACCCAUCACCCACACCAGCAGCAUCCCAGUCUAGCAGGGCCCCAACGGCCCCCAUCACGCUGCCACCCUCGGCCUCUUUCUGCGUACAACGGCCUCAACCUCAACGGUCACAGCAGCAGCAGGAGCAGCACCCCAGGCACCAAGCCCCACGGGCCCCCUGCUCCCUCCUUGCACCUCCCCCACCACCCGCCUCCUCCUGUGGCGGCCGCGGCAGCAGCCUCCCCUUUUCCCCUGCCCUUGGCGGCUAACCAGAGUGGCCCCCACAGCUUCCCCCCUGCCUUGCAGUCCUCGCCGCAUCCUCAUCACCCCAAUAUGUUCGCUCCUCCAGCGGCCUUGCCUCCACCACCACCACUAACGUCUAGCACCCUGCCAGUACCCGGACAUCCUGCUGCUGGGAGUGCCUACUCAGAGCAAGACCUUCUGCGUCAGGAGCUCAACACCCGUUUCCUGGCCUCUCAGAGCGCCGACCGCGGCGCCUCACUUGGCCCUCCUCCCUACCUGCGCACCGAGUUCCACCAGCAUCAGCAUCAGCACCAGCAUCAGCACCAACACACCCACCAGCACACCCACCAGCACACCUUCACGCCAUUCCCCCACGCCAUCAUGCCCACCCCAGCACCGCCCAUGGUGCGUAACCCUGCCAGAAAUUUUGACAAAUACCCCACAAAAGUUGACCCCUUCUACAGACACAGUCUCUUCCACUCGUACCCACCGGCCAUGUCUGGCCUUCCCCCCGUCAUCCCUCCAACCGGGCCCUUCGGCUCGCUGCAGGGCGCCUUCCAGCCCAAGACCUCCAAUCCACUCGAUGUGUCCACGAGACCUGGAGCCGUCCCACACACGUUCUUACAGAAGGACCCAAGGCUAACGGAUCCAUUUCGGCCCAUCCUCAGGAAACCAGGGAAGUGGUGUGCCAUGCAUGUCCACAUUGCCUGGCAGACUUACCACCACCAACAGAAAGUGAAGCAGCAGAUGCAGGUCGACCCUCACAAGCUGGACUUCGGCCUCAAGCCAGAGUUCCUGAGUCGACCUCCGGGCCCGAGCCUCUUUGGCGCCAUCCAUCACCCCAGCGACUUGGCAAGGCCCGCCACGCUCUUCUCUGCUGCAGGUCCUACUCACCCAUCAGCGGGUCCUUUUGGUCACCCACCCCAUCAUCCUGGGAACUUCCUCACCCCGGCAUCUCACUUAGCAGAACCUUUCAGUAGACCUACAUCGUUUGGAGGUCUGGGGUCACUCAGUUCAUCGGCCUUUGGAGGGCUGGGAAACCCAGCACUAAAAUCCCUAACAGCGGCCAACUCGGUGUUCGGCCAUAAAGACGGCCCCAACGCACAGCAGCACUUCAACAACAGCAGCAACAGCAGCCACCAGGAGCCAUGGAACCGUCUGCACCGCACGCCGCCCUCCUUUCCUACACCUCCACCCUGGCUGAAACCGGGAGACUCUGAACGCAGCGCAUCUGCAAACUCACACGAGAGGGACCGAGACUCUGACAAACGGGACUCAUUGAGCAGUAAAGAUGACAAGGACAGGGACUCUGUCGAAAAGCGCCAUCCAAGCCAUCCAUCUCCAGUCCCUGUGAAUCCAAUCAGCCUCCUGGGUCACAGCCGACCUCCUGAGCACCACAGGAACCACCUCCCCCCUGCUCCUGGAGAUCCUCAGAGAGAAAAAGAGAACAAGUCCAAAGACAGGGAGAGGGAGCACUCAGACUCCUGGAAAGACAACGGCACAGACGACCACAAGCUCAAGGACAACCAGCACAGCGAUAAGGAUGCGCCUAUCAUCCAUGAUGGCCGGGUCUCAGACGACAAAGUGUCCAACAGGGGGACGGCUUCGCCCUAUAUCCGGCAGACCAGCCUGGAGCGUCCAAACGGUGGCCUGAGCAGGGAGGUUCUGGAGAAGAAGGUGGAGCUUUCGUAUGAGCACCAGAAGAAGAACAGCGAGGUGAAGGUGAAAGAAGAGAGGAAGGAGGAGCAGGAGGGAGCCCCAGAGAGGGUGAGCGAGCACCCUACACAGGCUCCCUCCACCCCGAACCUCCACCCUCCCUCCUCCAUGCCUGUGCCCAUGGGCAUGGCCGGUGUCCAUCCCAUCAACUCCAUCAGCAGUCUGGAGAGAACUCGAGUAGUGGCGCCCUUCAUGGGUAUCAGCCCCAUCCCCGGAGCGGACAGGUUUCCCUACCCCGCCUUCCACUGGGACCCCAUGAGGGACCCCUACAGGGGCCUGGACAUCCACAGACGGGAUCCUCUUGCUAGGGACCUGCUGCUGCGGAAUGACCCUCUGCACCGGCUCACAGCGCCACGCCUGUACGAGGCUGAGCGCGCCUACAGAGACCGUGAGCCUCAUGACUUUAACCGAGACCAUGCCAACCCGCUGGCCCUGGAGCACCGGAGGGAGCAGGAGCGCGCCCAGCUGGAGGAGCGAGACCGUCUGCUUAGAGAGGACUACGAGCACGGGCGCCUCCAUCCCUCCAUGCACCACCCUGCUCUUGAUGGACAUCUCCCACACCCCGCCCCAGGCCUCAUGGCUCCCGGACUCCCGGGUAUGCACUACUCACGGGUCAGUCCAACGGCUGCAGCUGCUGCUGCAGCAGCAGCAGCCGCAGCCCAUCAGAACGGUAUCCUCACCAAAACCCCACCCACCGCCUCUCUGAGUGCGCCACCCCCUCUUAUCCCAACGCUGGGUGCCCGGCCCGGCUCACCCAGACGGACUACUCCCCUGGGCACAGACAUCAGAGACAGACCGGCUCACAAAGACAUCGAGGCGCGGUGAGCGGAGCCUCAGACUGCUGCCCUGUGCCUCACUAACACUGAACUCACCCAGCACUUAGCUUUGGGCCAAGCCAGACUGUAACAUAGCUGUGAAUAACUUAUGUGGGCCGAGAUGCGCUCACACAUGAAUUGUUUUGUAUUAAACCACAUAAAGACAAUAAUCAAGGAACAAAAAACUGAUUUUUCAAAGAUUUUUUUGCAGUUUGCUCCAGCUUUUUCUGCUCAUCCUCUCUCUUGUACAGCGAUGUGGAGCGGGAAUGAACACUGAGAAUGUACAGGUACUUCAGCACUGACAGACAGCAAAGUGUGUAGAUAAUGUGUACAGUUGCUGUGCUUGCUCUGUAUGGAUUAAAAUCAUGGUACAAAUAUGCAAAAGGAGUUUUGAAAGCUUUACUUUGAACACAUGUAAAUAGAGGAGUAUUACAGCCGUUAUUCAGAAUGUGCUUUUGCAGUUUUUGUUUUUUCGGUUGAAGCAGCUGAUUAGCAUUGUACCACCACAGACCCCAUAUUCAACUAUGCAACAAAAAUCUGGGCUCCCUUUCUGAAAGCUCGCCUUCUUACCACCACCGUGUUUCAAUGAAGGACAAAAAGCUGUAUUCUCUCCACAACUCAGACUUAAAUUAACCAAACCACGCCGGUUUGGCUUCACUAAAAGGAGAAUUUCCUAAAACAAAGAUAUAAUGUGGUGACAAUCCUGAAAUAUAUGAAUAUGGUACUACAUUACCAAGGAUUUCUUGAUGUUAAAAGCCAGCAGCACAAAUAUUUCAACUCUUUUAUUCCCGAUUCUUCCAUGAUUUUUUACUACAAGUCUGGUUCUGGGGAGAAUGCAGCACAUGAAACUACCAGACAGCACAUCCGCCCUCUGAAGGAGUGUAAAGUUCAUGUUUUGGAAAUAGGUUCUGUUGGUCAAACAGUGUAUUAAAGUGCUUUCCUAAGUUGUUGUACCUACAAAAUCAAAAGACAAAAAAAGCCAGUCUGGACAGUUUGUUUCUAAUGAGCAGAGAUCUAUUUUAGUAGUCCACUGAAGGUUUAGUUGUGCGCUUCAAACUGUGAUAUCAUGUCGUGCAGUGUUUUUUAAUACAACAUAAAAAUGUCCACCGGAGCCAUAGUGGUUAGUCAACGCGUAUUGCAAAAAGAUUGUUCAAUGAGAAACUUUUUUUGCUGUUUACCAUGUACAGGGAAAAAAAUGAAGUCUUUCUAGAUCAUGUACAAAAAUGAGAAAAAAUGAAGCGACUGAAUCUUCAGCAUGCUCCUCAUUUAAACUUGUGUUAUGUAAAU